GGGUGUCGCUGUGCAUGCUGGGCACGGAUCAUCAUAAUGGUGGUUUAGAAAGGAUUUUGAACAACAGAUAUUGGAGUACGGUGUAGCAUACGGAACAGAAGCUUAAUUGGUGGUGGGCUGUCGGUGGGUAACUUUAGUUUGUGGAUUUGCCGGUUUCAUUUGAGUUUCCAAUCGCAAAAGGAUACAAUGCAUCCAGAGCCCAACUUUAAAUUCGUGAUCCACUGACCUUUGUUUUUAGAUAUGGGAAGCAGAACUGUGGCUUUAGGUAAGAACUGUCUGCUCCACAGCUAACUGGGAGAUGGUAACAUAUGAAGCGCAUUGGAAAGAACAUGGUUGAGAGGACCAGUAAAUUUCUGUUGAUCGUGUUGGGAUCCAUCUGUUUCAUGCUGAUUUUAUACCAGUACGUAGGACCGGGAAUGAUGAACUUUGGGUCUCCGCACCGGUACCUUCUUCAGGACGAUUCGGAUAUCUUCCCGACCCCCGACCCCCAUUAUAUAAAGAAGUAUUAUUUUCCGAUUCGGGAUCUGGACCGCUUUGUGGAUUUCGAGAUUAAGGGCGAAGACGUGAUCGUUUUCCUUCACAUUCAGAAAACUGGGGGGACAACAUUUGGAAGGCACCUAGUACAAAAUGUGAGACUGGAGGUGCCAUGUGAUUGUAGACCCGGGCAAAAGAAGUGUACUUGUUACCGGCCGAACAGGAAGGAGACUUGGCUUUUCUCUCGUUUUUCUACUGGUUGGAGCUGUGGGUUACACGCGGACUGGACCGAACUUACAAACUGCGUGCCAGGAGUGUUGAGUAAGAAAGAGAGCAAGGUGAAAAAUCAAAGUAUCAGAAAGUUUUACUACAUCACUCUUCUGAGAGACCCAGUUUCACGUUACUUAAGUGAAUGGAGGCAUGUCCAGCGAGGGGCCACGUGGAAGACCUCACUCCAUAUGUGUGAUGGACGGACCCCUACCCCAGAAGAGCUGCCCUCUUGUUAUGAAGGCACAGACUGGUCCGGCUGCACUUUGCAGCAGUUCAUGGACUGUCCCUACAAUCUUGCAAACAAUCGACAGGUGAGAAUGCUGGCUGACCUCAGUUUGGUGGGAUGCUAUAAUAUGUCUUUUAUUCCUGAAAAGAAGCGGGCCCAGAUUCUUUUGGAAAGUGCAAAGAAAAAUCUAAAAGACAUGGCUUUUUUUGGCCUAACAGAGUUCCAACGAAAAACCCAGUACUUGUUUGAGAGGACCUUCAAUCUGAAAUUCAUCCGGCCUUUCAUGCAGUACAACAGCACACGGGCAGCAGGUGUGGAUGUGGAUAAUGACACUAUACUACGUAUUGAGGAACUUAAUGACCUUGACAUGCAACUGUAUGACUAUGCUAAAGACCUCUUUCAACAGCGGUAUCAGUAUAAGAGACAGCUGGAUCGCAUGGAACAGAGAAUAAAGAAUCGGGAAGAACGGCGGAUGCACCGUUCCAAUGAAGAAUUCCCCCAGGAAGAAGUGGAGGAGCAAGGACGUCUGCCUACCGAAGACUACAUGAGUCACAUAAUUGAAAAAUGGUAGCCAAGUCAGUGGCUACGUCUUAAAAUCACUAAAGUCCUUAAUGACUAUAUAAUCAAAACUAGUACCAGAGGUUGUCAUCUCUGGUGCCCAUAUGCUCUGUCUUUAAGACAGUAGGGUUGAUGCAUUGUUGAGAAGUCUGUUCACUCUGGUGACAAGUAUUUCUACUCAAAAAUACUUGCUAAGAUAUUGACUGGUCACCAUAGCACUUCUCAAUGUUCUCAAGACUAUGAGCCCACAAUAACUUCAUUUGCGUCUUCCAGGUCAUGAAAUACCAUGGAAGUGAAAUAAACCUACAAACUUAAUUUAAAAAUGUAAGAAGAAAUCUGUUUAACAGAGAUUAUUUGCGCUAAAAAUAUAUAUCCAAAAAUAACAGAGACAGUAAAAUGUGAUCAGAAUGUUUUUAAGUGGAUCACAUAAUUUAAUUAUAAAUUAUGAGAACAAACUGCAACCUAAUACUAAGAUGCUGUGAGCAGCUAAAGCUGUUAAUGCUAAGCUUUUUGCAGAAGUCCAAACAUUCUGGUCUCAAGUCACUAAAGUAAGACUUUAAUUGUUUUUAUUUUGGUUUUAUUCUAAAAAAUCUUUUAACAGCAUUAUGGACAGGCCAUUGUUUAAAAUGUUAUUUGUUUUAAAUCUGCAAUCACUGUGUUUAAGUUAUGCUGUGCAUUAUACUAACAAGUUAAAUGACUCUUUACCUGUACUACUCAAGUCCUAGACUUGUCCUCGUCCUGUCAAAGGAUUGAAUUAAUCCAUCUGCCUACAAUCUACCCAUUUUACUUGAUAGUAAGGUCAAAUAUUGUUCGCUGAAACAUCUAUUUAUGUUCAGCAGUAUACUCUGUAGUGGGGAGCACUGAAAGAAAUGCCCCAGUAAAGGCACUUACUCCACAGAAGCCAGUGUGAGGCUUUCUUUUGUUUAAAGCAACAGGGUUCACCCUGCACCCAGAAGCACACAUACUCUUCAGGGAUUUUAUUUUUUAGCAAUUCCUGAAUACAAGGAAGCUACAAUUAACACAGAAAUUAUGAUUUCUUUUUAUUGCCUUUCAUUCUUGUUGGAGUGGCUCCUGACAUUGAAAUCCUGUGUCUUUCCCUCCCAACUGUUUUUAGAAAUAUUGAGUGUCCCUUUUUGCGUACACUACAAAAGCAACCCCACUGCACUUUCAGAUAAAUGAUUUGGCCUUAAAAUUGGUAUUGUUUUACAUUUGUAUAACCUUGCUCUGAAUCUGUUUUUAUAUUUUUUUUCUUUAAUUGGGUACACUUAAAGUUAGGAAAUAAAGUUUCCAGACAGGACUUUCUUUUUCUGUUUGAAUAUUGUGUGGAAAUUGAGUUCUUUGAUACUGUACACAUGCGCAAAAUCUCUUGUGGAUUUAUUGUGGCUUGAAUCUCCAUGAGAGAUGCUUCCUCAGGGUUAAAACCGAUGUCUUACUGACACACUAAUGUUUCAAUAUGGGAACAAAGAUGUCAGCACAGGGGAUUUAAUAAUGCAUUUUUAUGCUCUUUUUCUUUUUUCAAAAAAAAAAAAAAAAACCUCUUUGGCACAUUGCUCCUGUCAUGCAAAUAAAUUAUUUUGAUCUUCAUUUUGGGUGAAAACAAGAGAUUUUAAUCAUGUAUAGGUAAUGUGCUAAAAUGGGCAAGAUUUUAUAAAGUUUAAUAAUUUAAGCUGUUUUGUUUUUGUGUAAUAACUCCUGAUUACUUUGGUGGCCUUAAAACCUUAAAAGGAAUCAAACUGUUGUCUCUUACUAAAUUAUUAAUGUUAUGAUGGUUAUGUGCAGUCCAGUUGACAUCCUUAUUGCCAAUAACUUUUGACAUUCAAAACAGUUAUAAAAAUGUGAAUGCAGCAGCCCAUCGCAAACUACUGUAUUUCUUCUCUUCCACUUGAAAGGUUUUAACAGCAAUGUUAUUCUAAGAUGUUUAUAGGCAGGCAGUUAUACGGGUAACAUGCAGAAACAUCUCAUCUUUAUGGAGUAAUAUUACACAAAUAGAAAAAAGUAUGAUAUUUGCCUUUGUUAUCUCACAAAAAAGUAAUGACUAAACAAAAAUAGCUUUUGUUUUCUGCUACAAAGAGAAAAAUCCCAUCUUGCCUUAUGAUAUGCUGUGUCUUUGCAGGUUUCCUAAAUUCAAAAGUAUGAAAUUCAGUUCUGGGAUGUGUGUAGUGGCUGAAGAUUUUCCCUCAACACAUUUUCUUAAGUAGAAGUGAAUUAAUUCUGCUAGUGAAACAUCAUGUGAUUCUAGGACUAUUUAAUGCUCUUAUUCUUCCACAUCGGACAAUUCUAAUAUUGUAGACCUUCCGUUUUCUGACAAUUUUUGUGAACCAGUUCAGAUUUUAACUUUUCAUAUAUUCACUUUUCCUCUCCCUAUUCUUGAUAGAAAUAAAAUUUGGGCAAAACAAAUGGCAGCAAAUAGGACUAAUAAAUAGAUGGGCAUCUGAGGCUUGUUAUUUGAAUCUGUUUAAUUGGCAUCUGUUAAAAAAAAAGCAAUUAAAGGCUCUGAAUGCAGCUGUUUAAGAUUAGAAGAAACAAUUAAGGGUUCAGAACACAAGUGAGUAAACAGUAAUAAGGCCUAAAAAUUGAUGUUGCAUUAGUAGCAGUAAUUGGCUUCUAAUUAAAAGGUUGGCAAGAACUGAGUUGAACACCUUUGCUCUAAUUAUUGCUGUUUGGGGUCUCAGGGCUUCAGGAUAACUAGGCUCAAACAUCAGCGGUAUGUCGGCAGAAAUGUCAAAGUUAAAUUUUGGGUUUGCUGGAUUUCACAAUAUCCCACUUUAACAGCUACCUUUCUGUUUACUUCAUUAAGAAAAAAAAACAAUGUUAGGUAUUGUAGCCAUUAUAAUUAUAGGAUCAGUAAUUUUAUGCCAUGUCUGGUUCACUUUAGUAAUACUUGCAAAUCUUUCUUCUCAGUCAUCUCAGAAAAGCCUGCACAGCAUUAAAUGGCUGUUUCCAAGUUUUAGGUCCAAAUUCUGGAGUACUAGCUCCUUUAAAACAUGUAUUUUCCCAGCCAUACUCCAUCUUGACAACAUUGGGUUUUCUUUUUUUUUAUCAUUCCUGAUAUGAGCAAAUUAAAAAAAAAAGUCACAGUAACAUUCUUUAUGUUAUAAAUGUACCUUGAGUUAGUAAGUGAUUCAUGUAAAACAAUCCAAAUAGCUUAAAUGGACUGCUGAAUGAAUUAUGCUUUAGCAUGCCAUAGUUAUAAGCAGGAAUUGGUGGGACUCUCGACAUUUCACUUGGGUCAACUUACAAGAACUGAGCAGCAUUGGGUGGGCUAUGAUUGAAUCCAACAAUCAGGCCAUACAAUAUGCAAGAAUAUCUAAUUCGUUGGCAAUCUCUUCAAGCAAACUGCAAGUAUGACAACUAAACAUGAGCACUUCAGAUACUGAGUUUUCCGUCUGCCACAUUCAUAGUGAUGUGUGGUGUGUUUUAGCCAAAUGAGGUAUCCAUUUUCAUUUCCCCCAGCUUUGUGUGGCUUGUUAGUCACCUCUCACUGAGCAGCCAAUUGCUUCAGUGGAGUUUCUCAGUGGUCAUAACACUCAAUGUCUUUGUUUUAAGAGUGUUUUACAAAAGAACUUUUGGCUGAUAGUUUACUUUUUAGAAAAGAGCAUAUAAACUAAAAUUUUGCCAAAGCAGAGGUGGCCACUUAGUCUAUCAGGCUGGUUAGUUAACUAAGAUGUAUUUUAUCCCAAUAAAUAUGCAAAAAUGUAAACAUUGUUGGACAGGGACUCAACUUUUCAUCAAUGGCGGGAAGACAAACCUCAGAAGUUUAUUAGUCUAUAAAUAUUUAAUUCUCUUGAAACAGCUUUAUAUUUUGCAAUUCAGCUUUUAGCUAGUCUUCCCUUUGUCUGUGUUUGGUGUCACACAUGCAUUUCUGUUGUUAAAUUUGUCCCUUGAGCUCUGCAAAACAUGUUCUUCAUAGCCUACCUCAUAAAACUACGUUCUUGCCCGUCUCCCAUAUGAUUCUUUAAUCCCGUAAAUAUUCUGCAUUUUUUUCUUUUGCAACCCUCUUUCUAAUUAAUAACUCAUUUAGCCAUGGUCAUACAUUCAAGUCUCUUCUGUUUUCUUGUCAAAUUUUUACUUGUUCUCUAAUUUUCUCACAGAGAUAUUCCUCCUCAGCUGUAUAUGUCCAGUAUUGCACAUCUAUUUCUGGUAUCUGAACAUGGAAGUUAUUUAUAAAUUGGCUUUUUGCUUAUGUUUGGGGAAUUCCCCAUCUAACUUUUUGCAUCCCAGAGGGAAAAAAACAAAUCACUUGUACUGUUACUGUUAUAGAAUUUACCCAAAAAAACGCAGAGUGCUCUAUCACAUGACACAUAACCAAUAUUUUGAAAAGUCACAGAAUGGGGUCCCCCUGCAUUUCAAGAAGUAAACAACUACAAUCUGUAUAAGGUGUGUAAAGCAUUACAAAUACUGUGCAAAUUGGGCCUCUUGGACACUGAAUGAAGAACAUUCUGAUUCACACAGAAUCCGCCUUCCUUCCCUCUUAUCGUUGAUGUGUGAAUCAGCAUUCAAAUUUAAAUCACAGGCACCGCCACAGAACAUAAAGCUGGUAUAACACCUUGAUCACCUAAUUCCUUAAGUUUUCCCUAAUUUUCAUUAAAAUCACUCUUUGAUUUUGGUAAUCUACUUUUCCACUCUUAAAUAAAAAGUGGCAUCCUUCAGUUUAAGCUUAACAUUCAUUAAUACAAUCAAUUGAUUGUGAUCACUGAUUGUCACUUAAAGUGGUUUUCUGAUGAAGACAAUAGUUUGAUCUUCCAGCCCGAUCAGAGUUGUAUCACGUGCAGUGGAAGAGACUUAUUCAUAUCUAAAACCCUCUGGCUUGACUUUCACAACAGUGUAUGCUAUCGUUUCCAUCAAUUCACAGUCUACAGUUUCAAAGCCAGGGAAACUGUCAGUUAUUGUCAAUAAAAAAAAUAGUCUAGUCUAAAACUUAAACAACAAACUUAAUGUACUCUGUCAUCGUGUUGAUUUCAUUUUUCCCGCAUACAGUUUGCCUUUCCCACACUUUAUUUUUCCGUGCUUAAAAUGUUCCGGAAUAUGCUAUACUUGAGUGAAGAGAUCCUCGAGUAGAGUGUUCUUACUGAAUGUAAUAUGUGGUGUGGAGACAAGGCAAUUUUAGACCAUAUGUGUUCUGCUCUUACUGUACACUGCUCUGGGAAUUGAGGUUGUUCCUACAAAAUGGAUCAUCCAGCCAUCAAUAAACAAAUGUCAUUUUUAA